CGCGCAGUUCAGUUUGCGCCUCUGUUAGUUGUUGACACAAUCACAAAACUUCCCCCGAUCUAGUCGAGCAGUCGAGUUCAAAACAAAUAUGGAAGCAAGGUUGAUCCGUCGCAUUGGUACCAUUUAUGUUGUGAUUUGUUUUACCGUCCUGGCAUUUGCUUCCAUCAGCUACUUCCGAAAAUUGACCGCACGGUACGAGGAGACUUGCACCAAAUCCUGUGAACAUGGCUCGAUCGAUUUGCUUCUACUCUUAAUGUGCACGAUCUUCAGCGUUCUGUCAACGUUCUUCGUUGUUUUCGUGCAAGUCGGAAUCCGUGACAAAGCGCCCGGCUACAUCACGUUCAACAAGAUAUUCAUGCUGGUACGCAACUGCGUGCUGUCGGUGCGGUGGAUUUACGAAAUCAUCGAGGUGACCAUCUACCACAUCCACGGAGACGGCCAAGGGGACACGGGCAACAUAGCGAUUACGAAUUCGGUGCUGCUUGUUGUUGUGUUAGCGGUCAUCACGCCAGUGGAGCUGUACGUAUUGAACGGCAUCGAGCGGGAUACCAAACAAAGACUUCACGAAUUGGAAACCAGUAGGAAAGGUUUGGAGAAUAGUGACGCCAGCGUUUGUGUAGAGCUGAAGCCGCUUGAGGAGAACGUAUAGAUUCGAUCACCUGCAAAUAGUUGCUCUCUCUAUAUAAUCGAAAAGAAAUUAACACGCUUUAGUUCUAGUCAUACGAUAAAACAUAACUUCAUAAAUUUGUAGUUUUUAGACGAAUCUAUUUACUAUUUAACGUUUAUUAAUGCUAAUAGAAUACUAAGUUGAAAAGCAGGUCAAGUUCCGGUUGAAAUGCUGACCCAUUGCAGAAGAACAUGUAAUUCGUCGCACCUGAGUAAGUGUCUCAUUAUAUAUGUAUUUGUACUAAGAAAUCAUCAAUAACACAAUUUUGCGAAAUAAGCGGACGGACCUGGAUUUCCAGGAAGUGCAGGUUGAAGUUUGUUGAAAAAACAACAAAGGCCUUUGGGUUAAUCAACUACUAGGAUAGCUACUGAAACAUGAGCCUCUGCUAAAGAAGUGGAUGCACGGUGUCGCCUUUGAAUCCUUUUGAAAUGCGCAGAGGGUUGCGGCAAGGCGAUAGUCUUCCAUGCCUGGUAUUUCACAUCGCUUUGGAGGGGAUUAGGAUCCGUUCAGCUUCUUGGCUUUGCCGAUGAUAUUGAUAUUAUGGCACAUAACAUUGAGAAAUCUUCAUAAGACUGAAGCAUAAAAAUAAACGGACCGAACUAGUCAUAAAUGAGUUGAAGAGGAAGUACAAAAAAAGAAGAGGCUACACCUACACGAGUAUGCUUCGGUGAUGAUGAAAUCGAGAUGUGCAUAUUCACAGCCAAGAUAUUUAACAAAAAAAUGAUUUUCGUACGGCCGAGUUGCCCAAUAAUAUGCAAUUAAUUGUAAUCGAGAUGAUUGAUGAGUUCGCGUACUUGGGCUCACAACGAUACCAGCAAAGGCAUCGUGGCAGGAAAUAAUACUUUUUUUGGGCUCCGCUGAGUAUCCGAAUUGAAUUCGCCGUUAUGUCAAAUUGACCAAAUAAACGUCAAGUCCGGUAGUCCUCUACGAACACAAGACCUGAAUAAUGAUCGAGGAGAACCAACGAGUCUUUAAAAGAAAAGUGUUGUGACUCAUCUAUGAUGAGUGCGGAUGAAAAACGGUACGUGGAAGAGGCAAUACGACUUUGACUAUACGAAUUGCAGGGAUUGUUGGGGGGAACCACCCAACACUCACACACUAAAAUCUAACAAAUGUGGUGUCCCGAGCACGCAAUCAAAAUGUCGGACACCAACCCGGUAGAGAUGGUUCUCAUUUGCGAUCCUAUGGGCACAAGAAGGCGCAGCAAGCAAAGGGGAACGAUUUGUGGACCCUUCGUAGACUGCACAUUUGGCGACGUUUAGCCACGAACUGAUUGAAAUGUAAAAACAGGCCACUGCGGCCUUAAAUACAAUUUUAUAAAUAUAAUAAUUUACUACAGGAAUAUUACUUCAGAAGGAUCUGAAAACAUUAUAAAUAAAACAUUUUUUGAAUAAUUUUGUAAAAUAGAAGCUUGUAGUAGAAGUUGUUAUGUUAAAGGUUUGCUCAAUCCAAUUCUAUCAAACGAAGAUGAUAUUAUUGAUCAAACAAAGAAUGCUUAGUCUAAGCGAACGUAUUAGAUUUACACAAACGCAAUUUAUAAUAAUCUCUGCAUAUAAACCAUACAAGAAAUGUUAUGAUCUUUUUAUUUAUGAAUGUUCGAAACAAAUGCAAAUAAAACAUACGAGUUUUGGAUGGGAAAAAUGAAAGCUUACUGGGACGCGGUAUGUUUAUUGCUUUAUCGCGGUGCAUGCUAAACUUCGGAACAAACAUAAACGUAGUAGAACAUUAUUUUUUAGACCCUCAUUUGAUAAAUAACUGCUGCUGAUUCAUACAUAAUGUUAAUUCCAAUAAAUACCACACUGCUACUCUUCUUCCUUGUCGAGUAAGUUUGACAGUGGUACUUAUAUGUUCCACCAAAACCUGGUAUGAUAACGCACCAUAAAUCAGUGAUCCCUUCACAUUCCAGCAAGAAAGCUCUGCAUCCUUGAAUCUUCGUGCAACGCGCCCCUUUGAUCUGGGAUUUAACCGGAAUCGAAAACAGUUAUUUCUCAGCCUUUGUCAGACAACAGUUGACGCAUUCACUUUACCAAAAUGUCCGUGAUUUAAAAGCAAAAUCAAUGAUUUUUUUAUUGCGACUACUGACUAGACCUGUACGCAGUCGUGCAACGCUGCCACCGCCAGCACUGACUAUAAAUUACCGGAGAAAUUCUUAUGGAAAUGUCCGGAAAAGUUUUUGGUGGAAUUUCCGGACUGAUUCCUGAGGAACAUCUGGGUAGUUUCCGAGAGAAUUUCUGCGGGAAUUGUUGGGAGAACUCCAGAAGCAAUGUCCAGAUACACACUUAGCUCAUUUUACAGUAUUCGGUAAAUUUUACCGAAAUCUCAACCGCUGAACUGUUCGGUAAAUUAAUUUACAGAUUUUUUGUAAUUUUUUCCAUUGCUCAACUGCCAAAAUCACCGAAAAUCAGUGAAAUAAUUUACCAAAGAGUUCAGCGGUUGAGAUUUCGGUAAAAUUUUACCGAAGUCGGCGAUUUAUUUUAAGUGUAUAUUUCUAAGAAAAUUUCCGAAUGAAUUCCUGGGGGAAUUUUCGGAGCAAUUCCUGGCGUAAAUUGCAAGCAAUAUUUUGGAGAAUUUCUGGAAUUCCUGAAGUUUUUUUUUUUGUGAAAAUUUCUGUUUGAACUCUUGAACAAAUGUCCGAUUUGUUAAGUGUGCAACACUGCUACCUACUGCUCAAUUUACUAAAACGCAGUAAGCUGGUGCGCCUAAGCUGUCAAUAUUUUUCUCAUUCAAACUUUGUAACCUGAAGUAAUAAAACCAGUUUUUCUUUCUAUUAACAUUAAACAGUUUUUCUCAAGUUAUUUGUCCUAUGGCCUUGCAUAACUCUGUUAGGUUAUCGGCCCAGAGUAUUCCGAUCAUCCACAGAACGUGAAAUAGUGUUUUCGCGAUGGAAGACGACGGAAAACCUGAGCGUGUCUACUUGUUCGAUGGAAGCAAUUUUAUGGCCUGGAAGUUCCGGACGCAGGUGCUGCUGGAGGAGCAUGACCUUUUCGAAUGUGUGGAAAGGGAGGCCACUGAAAUACCGGAGUUGCAAGACCAGCCGAACGACACGCAGGUCACGAAAGCAGAGAAGAAGAAACUACGGGAAAAAACGAUCCAAGCAGGAGCGAAAAUGCCGGUCGCUACUUAUAUCAAGAAUAAGCGAUUCCCAACUGGAAUACGUUCAAGAAAAGAAGACCCCGAAGGAAAUCUGGCAAGCACUCAAGCGAGUGUUCAAACGGCGGAGCAUCGCCAGUCAAAUGCAUCUGAACCGUCGGAUGCUAAGUCUGCGUUUCGAGGGCAGAUCGCUUCACGAACAUUUCUUGUGUUUCGACCGACUGGUCAGAGAAUAUCGU